UUCGAAAAGAAAAAGGAAACACUCGUUUUCCCAGUAGUGUUCUUAAUGCUUUUUAUGGUGUCUGACUUGCUUUGAUGGAGAAUGCGCAGUCAUCUCAUCAAAUACAUUUUGAUGGCUAUUGUGGCGGUGACGCUAAUUCAAAAUGUUAUUCUCUAUUGCUUGCUUUUCAAAAGCAGUUAUCCAGAAAAGUCUCGCACGGUCCAUCUUUGUGGGCCAGAAAUCUGGCUCCGAACUGUCCGGUCGGUGACUGAAAAGUUUGGAUUUGUGCCAACUAAUGAUAUGGAACAGGCUGAUCUGGUCUGGGGUCUGAACUGCCCUUGGGACGACAUGUUCCUCAAAAUGAAAACCAUGGGCUUCCAUCAACGUUUCAACAAGAUUCCGGGCCUAAAUGCCAUUGUCAAGAAGUCUCAACUGUCGACCAAGGGAUUUCCGUUUGUGCCCAAAACAUUUCUCGUUCCACGCGACGCACACCAUUUGAAGGCUUUUGUAAAGAACCAUCCCAAGAAGUUGUUUCUCACCAAGCACCCACAUCAACACGUUGUUUCCCUCAUCAAUCCUUCAGAUGUCCCUAGUUGGCAGAAUGAAGAACUCCUGAUUCAAGAACUCAUUCAUCCACCCUACUUGGUGGGAGGGUACAAAUUCGACUUGACCAUGUACGUGCUGAUUACAUCGAUUAAUCCAUUGAGAGUGUACACCAACAAGAAGCUUAUGCUGAGGUUCUGUCCCAAUCCGUACCACGAGUUCCAAGCGGACCCAAUCUCAAGUUCCGUGGACUCUUACGUGAUUCGGGACCACGACUUUGCUCAUGCCAUCUGGAUACCGGGUGUGAAAAAUUAUACGACCCUGCGGUAUCCUCAUCAUGCGGCCUUGGCCGCUUACAUUCGCGAUCAGGGUCAAGAUCCAGAUGUCUUAUUUUUGAAAAUGAAGCAGAUGGUGUUGGAUGUGAUCCUUGAAAGUCUACCAAGAUUAAGGCGUGCUGCUGAAGACUUUCCUAAAGCAGGGAAUUCCUCUUUUUUUCAACUCACCAGAUGGGACUUUGUGUUAGAUGAUAACCUUCAGCCUUAUUUGCUCGAGGCUAAUGGAUCACCAGAUCUGGGAAGACAUAUCGAGCUGAACGUCAAACGAAGUUCACGGUAUCUUUUUGACGCGUUCCACAUGAUGGAUUUGGGCUCUCUGGGAGGCAAUAUCAAUGCUCGAGAGCGGGACUUUAUCACCACUGUGGAGCUCAUGGCUCGGCCAGAGCAAUGCCUAAAAUGUCACAAUGCCUGUCAACAGAAAGAAUGUCGCAUUUGCUUUCAAUGCAUAUCCCCAAGCAUGCUGGACACACUCUACACUGUGUAUGUGGAGAAUCAGAAUAGAGGAACCUACCAAAGAUUGUUCCCGUUGCCACGAGCCUUGGCGCAAUGGACCAACUUCAGUCGACAUUCCAGCUUAGUGGAGACUGAUGGCCAACUGCAAGAUUGGUUUAAUGCCAUGUGCGAACGCGAUAAUGACUUUUGUUGAGUCGGAGGCUCUUUUUGAGGCUAUCUAACUAUCAAGAAACACAAAGGUAGUGCAUUUGAGGGAGCGACUUUACAGGGGAAAUGUUACUCCAUAUUUGGUCUCAAGAAGUCAAUGAUGUGUGUGUAGAAAUAAACUCCUGUUCAUAUGAGAAA